AAAAUCCGAAAUCCCAAAACGGACGAAUCAUUAUCAUCCCGGAAAUCCCCCUUCCCCAAACCCCUUAACCCACCAUGGCAGAUACUCUGAAACCCUAACCCUCUUUUCUCAUCAGUCUCGUUUCUCAUAUACCCCAUGAAAGUACCUUUAAUAACAACCCAGCCACUCCUUUGCCCCUCCUUUUCCCCUCUAACUCUCAGACCCGAACCCUUAUUCUUAAUCUCUAAGGUUGGCAGAUUCCCUUUUUCUCUUUGAUUUUUUUUUCCAAAAAAACGAAAAAGAUGUCUCUCCCUCCUAUAGAGUGUAUGUACAUAACACAGGAAAUACUUCGCGAGGGAAAAAAUGGAAACUCAAACUUCUCCUUCUCUUCCUCCGUUCCCAUGCUUCGCUUCCUCUACGAGCUCUGCUGGACAAUGGUGCGUGGGGAAUUGCCGUUUCAGAAGUGCAAAGCGGUGUUGGAUGCGGUGGAGUUUACGGAGAGAGUAUUGGAGGAUGAGUUGGGUUCAUGCUUUGCUGAUAUCGUCACGCAAAUGGCUCAAGACCUUACAUUGUCUGGAGAAUACCGCACUCGUUUGAUAAAAUUGGCAAAGUGGCUGGUGGAGUCUUCGUUAGUUCCAUUAAGGCUUUUCCAUGAGCGCGGUGAGGAAGAGUUCCUGUGGGAGGCUGAGAUGAUCAAGAUAAAGGCUCCAGAUUUGAAGGUUAAAGAGGUCAGAGUAAAUACGCGUCUGCUUUAUCAGCAAACAAAAUUUAACCUCCUUCGAGAAGAGAGUGAGGGCUAUGCUAAGCUGAUUACUCUCCUUUUUCGAGGUUCUGAAGAUUCAACUCAAAAUGCAUCAACAGCAAGAAUAGGCAUUAUCAAGUCAUUAAUUGGGCAUUUUGAUCUGGACCCGAACCGUGUUUUUGACAUUGUGUUGGAGUGUUACGAACUUCAGCCAGAUAAUAAUGGUUUUUUGCAAUUGAUUCCCAUCUUCCCAAAGUCUCAUGCUUCACAAAUUCUUGGUUUUAAGUUUCAAUACUAUCAGCGCAUGGAAGUAAAUACUCCUACCCCAUUUGGGCUCUAUAAGCUUACAGCUUUGCUAGUGAAGGAAGAGUUCAUUGAUCUUGAUAGCAUCUACACUCAUUUACUUCCCAAGGAUGAUGAAGCAUUUGAGCAGUAUAAUGGUUUCUCCACAAAACGACUUGAUGAGGCUAACAAAAUUGGAAAAAUAAAUCUUGCUGCUACCGGUAAGGAUCUCAUGGAGGAUGAGAAACAAGGAGAUGUAACAAUAGACCUUUUUGCUGCUCUAGAUAUGGAAACUGAGGCUGUCGCUGAAAGAUCUCCAGAGCUUGAAAAUAAUCAGACUUUAGGCUUGCUUACUGGCUUUCUUUCUGUAGAUGAUUGGUACCAUGCCCAUAUUCUGUUUGAUCGCCUUUCACCACUUAAUCCAGUGGCACAUGUUCAAAUCUGUAAAGGAUUGUUUAGGCUCAUUGAAAAGUCAAUCUCUUUAGCAUAUGAUAUUGUUCGCCAGACACAUCUCCAAAACUUUGGAUCUCCCUCAGGACCUGGUGUUGAUAACAUGGAUACAAGUACAUCAGCCAGUAGCUCCUUUAUUGAUCUUCCUAAGGAACUCUUUCAGAUGUUGGCUACUGUUGGACCUCAUCUCUACCGUGAUACUUUGCUGUUGCAGAAGGUAUGCAGAGUUUUGAGAGGUUAUUACUUAUCUGCCCUUGAGCUUGUAACUAGUGCUGAUGGAGUCUCAAAUGCUGAAACGGCUGCUGUUGGAUAUCAAAAUCCUCGUCUUCACUUGAAGGAAGCUAGGUCAAGGGUAGAGGAAACUUUAGGAGCAUGUCUACUUCCUUCUUUGCAAUUGGUACCUGCAAAUCCAGCAGUUGGGCAAGAGAUCUGGGAAGUAAUGAAUCUCCUUUCCUAUGAGGUGCGAUACCGGUUAUAUGGGGAGUGGGAAAAGGAUGAUGAACGGAAUCCUACUAUAUUAGCUGCAAGACAAACAGCCAAGCUUGACACUAGGAGGAUUUUGAAACGGCUGGCUAAGGAAAAUUUGAAGCAGUUAGGCCGGAUGGUUGCAAAACUUGCUCAUGCUAAUCCAAUGACUGUACUGCGAACAAUUGUUCACCAGAUUGAGGCAUACAGGGAUAUGAUUGCUCCUGUGGUUGAUGCAUUCAAGUAUUUGACACAGCUUGAGUAUGACAUUUUGGAAUAUGUUGUGAUUGAGCGACUGGCACAAGGAGGGCGUGAUAAACUGAAGGAUGAUGGCCUUAAUUUGUCAGAUUGGCUUCAAUCUUUGGCAUCAUUUUGGGGCCACCUGUGUAAGAAAUACCCAUCAAUGGAACUGAGGGGUCUUUUCCAGUAUCUGGUUAAUCAGUUAAAAAAGGGCCAAGGAAUUGAACUUGUUCUCCUGCAGGAGCUUAUUCAUCAAAUGGCAAAUGUACAAUUCACAGAGAAUCUGACUGAGGAGCAGUUGGAUGCCAUGGCUGGAAGUGAGACUCUUCGAUAUCAGGCCACUUCAUUUGGCGUAACUCGAAAUAAUAAGGCAUUGAUUAAAUCCACCAAUAGGCUGAGAGAUUCAUUGCUUCCAAAGGAUGAACCAAAGUUGGCAAUUCCACUUUUGUUACUUUUAGCCCAACAUCGUUCUGUGGUUGUCAUAAAUGCAGAUGCUCCUUACAUUAAGAUGGUUAGUGAGCAGUUUGACAGAUGCCAUGGGACUCUUCUUCAGUAUGUAGAAUUCCUCUGUAGUGCAGUAACACCAGCUGCUGCUUAUGCUCAACUGAUUCCCUCGCUUGAUGACCUUGUCCACCUGUACCACCUUGAUCCUGAGGUUGCUUUUUUGAUAUAUCGGCCAGUGAUGAGGCUCUUCAAGUGUCAGGGGAGUUCUGAUGUUUUCUGGCCUUUAGAUGACAAUGAAACUGGAAAUAUUACUAUGGCAUACUCAGAGUCUGAAAGUAAAGAUGAUUUGAGCCGAGUGAUAUUAGAUUUGGGUCCACCUCGGAAGCCUAUAGUGUGGUCUGAUCUUCUUGGCACUGUUAAAACCAUGUUGCCUUCUAAAGCCUGGAAUAGUCUCUCUCCCGACCUCUAUGCUACUUUCUGGGGGCUUACUCUGUAUGAUCUUUAUGUUCCUAGAAACCGUUAUGAGUCUGAAAUCGCAAAGCAGCAUGCUGCUCUGAAGGCUCUGGAAGAGCUUCCUGAUAAUUCUAGUUCAGCAAUUAACAAAAGGAAAAAAGACAAGGAAAGAAUUCAAGAAGCUUUAGAUCGUCUAACUAGUGAACUUCAUAAGCAUGAAGAAAAUGUUGCAUCUGUUCGUAGACGGCUUACUCAUGAAAAGGACAAGUGGUUGAGCUCCUGCCCUGAUACGCUGAAGAUUAACAUGGAGUUCCUCCAGCGUUGUAUUUUUCCUCGCUGUACCUUCAGUAUGCCCGACGCUGUCUAUUGUGCCAUGUUUGUGCACACUCUUCAUUCUCUUGGCACACCUUUUUUCAAUACUGUAAAUCACAUUGACGUUCUGAUAUGCAAAACCUUACAACCCAUGAUAUGCUGCUGCACUGAGUAUGAAGCAGGAAGACUUGGUAGGUUUCUAUAUGAAACGCUAAAGAUUGCAUACUACUGGAAGGCAGAUGAAUCCAUUUAUGAGCGUGAAUGUGGGAAUAUGCCAGGCUUUGCUGUGUAUUAUAGAUAUCCAAACAGCCAGCGUGUUACAUAUGGACAGUUCAUUAAGGUACAUUGGAAAUGGAGUCAAAGAAUAACAAGGUUGUUGAUCCAGUGCUUGGAGUCAACUGAGUACAUGGAGAUUCGUAAUGCUUUAAUAAUGUUGACGAAAAUUUCUAGUGUUUUUCCUGUUACCAGAAAGAGUGGGAUUAACCUUGAAAAGCGGGUGGCUAAAAUCAAAAGUGAUGAAAGAGAGGAUCUCAAGGUGUUGGCAACCGGUGUUGCUGCAGCUUUGGCUGCUAGAAAGUCUUCAUGGGUUACGGAUGAGGAAUUUGGAAUGGGAUAUCUUGAGCUGAAGCCUGCUACAUCACUUGCUUCAAAAUCUUUGGCUGGUAAUACAGUUUCUGUACAAAAUGGUUCAUCAAUUAAUGUUUCUCAGAGUGAGGCUGCUGGGGGCAGGGCAGUUGCCUUUGGAACCCAACAGUCAGAUGUGAAUUUGGUCAAGGACCAGAUUCCAAGAACAAAAUCUGAAGGGCGGUUGGAAAAAGCAGAAAAUGUCUCUCUUGGUAAAUCUGAUCUGAAAACAAAAGGUGGUACAUCAGCCAAUGGUUCUGAUGCUGUGUUAUCUGUUGUCUUAGCUACUUCACAAGCUGGAACAGGAAAAUCGCUUGAAAAUCAGAAACAGCUAGAUGAAUCUUCAAAUAAAUUGGAUGAGCACUUGGCCAAAGUUCCUGCAAAGAACUCUGCAGAAUUGGAGCCGUUGAGCCAAAGCACCCAAAACGAAAUUUUGGCAGGACAAUAUGCACCCGUCUGGAGACCAAUGAGGCAUCAAAUGACUCCCCAAGAAAUACAAACAAUGUAA